ACAUUGGCAUUUUCAGCUUUUAGCUUAGGUUUUUUUAAUCUGAGCUAAGUAGAACGCGCUUCUCUGCGGAUAAAUUAGUUUUAUUUUAGUUUUCGACGGUAUUUGAUGUGAAAGAAAACACGAUAAUUUUAGUUUGUUUAGUGCUUUAUAAAUAUCAAACAAAAUUGCUUCCACAAUGACAGUAACGCGGGUUGCAGAAUCCCGCACCGAAUUCAAAUUGAAGAGUCUACCGGAGGACUGCAUAUCAAGUGUUAAAUUUGCACCGAAAUCUAACCAAUUCCUGUUGGUGUCAUCAUGGGAUUGUUCUGUGAGACUGUAUGAUGUGACUGCGAACGUGGAACGUCACAAAUACAACCAUGAGCUACCUGUUCUUGAUGUUUGUUUCAGGGAUGCAGUACAUUCUUAUAGUGGAGGUCUGGACCAAACCCUCAAAAUGUAUGACCUGAAUGCAAGUACAGAGACGAUUCUCGGGGAGCACAAAGGUGCCAUCCGUUGCGUGGAGUUUGCUAAUGAGGUGAAUACAGUGCUGACUGGCAGUUGGGACGGCACUGUCAAGAUGUGGGACAGCCGAGUGCCGAAUUGUGUUGGCACUUACAACCAGGGAAAUGAGAGGGUAUACACAAUGAGUAUAGUAGGCGAGAAAUUUGUUGUUGGCACAUCGGGGCGCAAGAUUUUCGUUUGGGAUGUCCGCAACAUGGGCCACGUGAACCAGAGAAGGGAGUCGUCUCUGAAGUACCAGACCCGUUGCAUCCGAGUGUUUCCCAACAAGCAGGGCUAUGUGCUGAGUUCCAUUGAAGGCCGAGUGGCCGUGGAGUACCUUGACAGCAAUCCGGAAGUGCAGAAGAAGAAAUACGCGUUCAAAUGUCACAGAAUCAAGGAUGGCGGUCUAGAGAAGAUCUAUCCGGUGAAUGCGAUAAGCUUCCAUUCUGUGUAUAACACAUUUGCAACGGGCGGAUCAGAUGGCUACGUCAACAUCUGGGACGGGUUCAACAAGAAGAGGUUAUGCCAGUUCCAUAGAUACAACACAGCGGUGUCUUCUCUGAGCUUCUCCCACGAUGGCUCAGCGCUAGCCAUCGCUUGCUCACAGCUCGACGACACACAAGUUGAAGACCCCAAACCAGAAGACACCAUUUACAUUAGAUAUGUAACUGACCAGGAAACUAAGCCAAAAUGAGUUUUAUGUGUUUGAAAAGCUUAGUUAUAGCAUUUCAGAUUUUUUUUCCCAAUAACAUGUUUUAAGUCCGUAAUAGAUAUACUUCAAUACAUGGAUAUGAUACAGUAUCGGUGAAAUGGUCCCAGAUAGAAAAGAACAAUCAAAGCGCUGGUGUCCACAACCAGGAAAAAUAAAUACAAUGAAAACCGACGUAAUUAACAAUGCGAAAUCUUGAUAAAGAAAAUUAGUCUUACCUAGUGUUUGCAACUGUUGGCAGCGCCAGUCCAUUUACGUAGAUAUAUCAAGUAAUAUAUUAUCGUAAACUGUACGUCAGAAAAGUUUUGAAAAUGUAUGUAGGAAGAACCAUAUUAACCUUUACGCGGUACUAUAUUGUACUUCUCACAAAGAUGUACAUUAUUAUAUUUUUGAAAAUGCUAUAACAAAGUUUAAUCAUUGAAUAGAUGAAAUAGUGUGGUGUAUUUAAGCUAGCAAUUAUUUACUUCUAAGUGACGACUUAAUAUUAAUAAAAUAUUAAUUUUUACAUUC